GGUGAUGGCAGUGAUGACGAUAGUAUCCACAUCAACCAAACAGUAGAUCCUGAAUACUAUUCUUCAAGAGCUUGGGAAUCCUACAUUGACCAAGAAUUAGACACCUUUACAGUUUUGCAACCACAAAUUAAUGUCAGUGCAAGCUCCCAGCAAACAUCCCAGUCUGUGCAUCAUCAUCAUAAUAUUCAGAUUGCUAAAUCAUCGCUUGGUACCUCCAAAUUCUGGUUUUUACCACCACAGCUGUCUCAAGCAACUYUGUUUGGAAGGAAUGGUUCUAAUGCCUGUACUUUCAUCUCCUUGUUAAUGGCAAAGGAAUACACUAGCUCACUACAUUAUGCUACUCUCCAAUUGACUUGUAAUUCCGAUCUGAAUCAAACAUGGUUAUCAUUGUUGUUGUCUGCCAUUGCUCGAGGGAACCAGGUAUAUGACAAUGUAACGCAAUCCCUAGGCAAUCCAUUCUUCAGUGUAGCUGAAGCAAAUCACCAUCUAACAGCUGUAAUUGCCCCUGUCACUGUGACAUUGGAGGAAUCCUUGGAUCUUUCUAUUACUUCUGUGGAUCCUCAAGUAUCUCAGAGUUCCCUUGCUUUCUAUCUACAACGGCUAGUUAGAGAACGAAACUUGGCAGCGUUGAUCAUAGCGAACGGGAUGACCGUGUGUUUCGUUGGUCAAAACAACAACGUGUAUUUUUUGGACAGUCAUCCACACUAUUAUGGGCAAGUAUUUGGAGCCAUGGUUGGAAUGGCACAAGUGGAUAAACUCGAAGAAUUCCUCAUCAACAUCAAGCAGCAAAUUUGUCCCAACUUUAACGUUUGCUCUUUGACUUUCGCUUCCUUUGUCUAAUGGUAUGGACCAGAGAACACUGUUUACGAAGGUUUACGAACAUCAUCGAGUUCGAAAAAUACUUUCAGAACGGUAAAUCUAAUGAUCAAACAAAUAAAACUCUCACACAGA